AUGGCGAGUGUACGGUGUCUACGGCCAUUAGUCGAAUUGACUACUCGACAUAGCCAGAAUGUUCUCCGUCCGUCGGCACUUGCGAUCGCAUCAAGGAAUUAUUACAAUUGCUCAUGUCUAAACAACAAACCUCUAAAUGCGACGAUAUCGCAAAGAAUAUUCACUCAACAACGAGCACCCUACACAUCCACCUCAACUCUAUCCUCAUCCCCAUUCCGACUCUCCUCAUCCCAAAGACCAACCCCCGAAACCUCAUCAGACGGCUACAAAUACGACCACGAAGGAGAAGAAGGCGAAUACCACAGCCCAUACAAACCAAAACGUCAAUGGCCACCAGACAUGUCCAAACUCUCACCCAAACAUCAAUUACGACUAGAACGGAAAUAUAGACGACGAGCAGCACUCAAAUAUGCGCGGCCGAGAUGGGUCAAGUUUACAAAGUUGGCGCAGUGGGGGAUAAUUAUUUUUGUGGUGGUAUAUUCGCUACUGUUUAUGGAAUGGGGCAAAGAAGGCGAGGUUCAUCCUUUUGAAGAUUUCCGAAAGGAUUUUUUUGCCUCCAUCAAUUCUUUAUUCUCGGCUCAACCGCCGAGUAGAAAGAAGGAAUAAUCGAUUAGUGAACUGCUUGUUUCUGGAUGGCAACUAUGUAUAUCAAAUCGUAUGUAAAAUAGUUGUAAUAUCAGCUCAGCUGACGAGACAAAAGACUUUCACAUGC